AUGGCAGCCACAACAGCCACGCCUUCGGGUCACAUUGGAAACCUCAACAUGAGGCAAGAACAAAGUUUACGAGAAUUAUGGAAUGUGGUCAUGCUGGCCUGGGAGCCAGAUCCGGAAAUUCCAAAGGCCGAUAGUAUCGAUGAUUCUUUCUUGGAGACAGAUUGUUUUUCACCUACAAAGGCACGCCGAAGGUUAUUUUCAUUCUCUCGACCGCCAUCCGAGGAACCACCCGUUAAGAAAACAAGAUACAAUAUCUCGGACAACCUAUGCCUUGCAUUAAAAAACUUAGGCGCCGGUACUUAUGAAAUUAAAGCCGUUCGCACGCAGCUCUUCAAGAUACGAGGCGAUAAGCUCCGCACGGCGUUUUUGUCUCUUCUCAAACAAGAUCACCCUGACGCUCUUCUUUUGCGGUUUCUCCGUUCAGAAAAAUGGGAUGUUCCUAAGACUCUGAUCAAGCUUAUCGCGGCUCUGAACUGGCGCACCUAUGAAUAUAAUGUAGAUAAUGAAAUUCUACUCAAGGGUGAAGAAUAUCGCCUUGGAAAGGCUCAACAGAUUGACUCCAAGGAACAGAAGCAUAGCGAGGAAUUUAUGCAUCAUCUCAAAGUGAAUAGAGGUUCUCUCCACGGUGUUGAUAGACGCGGUCGUCCUAUCUUCAUAAUUUGGGCCGAGAAUCAUAAUUCAGAUAUGUCGAAUCAAAAAGCUUUGCGUGACUAUUGUAUUCAGUGCAUGGAGACGGUGCAUAUUCUUAUGGUUGAACCUGUGGAGACAAUGACUGUCAUCUUCGACUUGACCUUAUUUAGUCUUUCAAAUUGGGAUCCCAAUACCGCUAAAUUUCUCAUCGAAACUUGCAAAAAGAAUUAUCCCGAAAGCUUGGGCGCAAUGAUCUUCUACAAUGCACCCUGGUUCUUCAGUGGAAUUGGCAAAAUGAUAAAUGGUCUCCUCAACCCAUCCGUCACCGAAAUCCACUUCUUAAGCGGCGUCAAAGAACUCGAAACAAUGAUACCCCGAGAACAUAUUCUCCGAGAACUAGGCGGCGAUGAAGACUGGGACUGGGAAUACAUAGACCCUCUACCGCAUGAAAACGACAAACUUCAUAAUACAGCCGAACGAAUCACCAUCUUGGCCGAGAGAAAAGAGCUUGGAAAUGAAUUGUUCAGUUUGACAAAUGAAGCCAUCUUGGGCGAGGAAACUUACGCUGUGCAUGAACAACGAAAUAAAGUUAUCAGACAACUACGUGAGAAUUAUUGGAGACUUGACCCUUAUGUACGGUCUCGUACGAUUCUGGAUCGAACUGGCAUUAUCAAGGCUGGGGGUGAGAUUGAUUUCUAUCCUAAAUCUGAGAUUCAUGACGAUGAUUCUAAGAUUUCGACUGAGCAGCUGUGUCUGCAGGAAGUACUCCGUGUUACUGUUUGA